ACUUUAAAAAUAAUAUGUCUAGGUGUCUAAGUACAUGCAUUUUACUUAUCUGUACUUUUAUCUUCUAUGAUAAUUCUGGUGCCUGGCAUAUCAUCACAUCAUUACUACGAACUGGACGAGGUAUCUGAGAAUGAGGCUAAAAAUGACCGAAACAAAGAUCACAUAUGCAAAGUAAAACAGAAUCAGAUAAAGUCACAGGAAAGAAAUAAGAAUAAAACAGAUAAAAGAACAGCAAACUGUAUAAGGAAACGAUGGUUAGCCACAAUGAUCGUAAUUGCCUUCGUUAUUAUAGGUCUCGUUGUGGUGAUAGUUGUACAGAAUAUAGAAAAACCAUCAUUAAAUCCGAAAAGGAAACCGAUUGAAGUACCAAACUCUUUUCAUUCAAGAAAGCUUUGUUUGGUUCCGAGUACAAUGAAAAAUUCUUCGCAAGAACAAGGGCAAAUGUUUGUGCUACUUUUCCCUGAAAACAUUAAACUUGCUGAAUUCGCAAACAAGACGGCAUAUCUCGCUUCCAAAAGCUCUUUUCAUUUAGGAAUAACUUCUUUUGACCCUGAAAAUAUAACGGCAUCUCAUAUUUACGAUUACCACUCAAAUAUGAAACAGACGAAAUUGAUUAUUCCAAAGAGCUAUAUUCUGUCAUCUUUAAAAUUGGAACCCAAAGGUAUUUUGCUGAAAACAUCAGAUGCAUCUUCCCUUCUUCUUUUUGAUGAAAAUACCAUUUCUACCGGAAGUUCGUUAGUGUUUCCUUUAAGAAAAUUGUCGAAUUCCUACAUCAUUUCUACAUCGACACCUUUUGAUGAUAGUCUCGAUUCUGCAGCGCAGUUUGCUAUCGCAGCAACAAAAGAUGACACACAAGUUUCCAUCACUUUCAAAAUGGAUGUCGACAGGAAAUUUGAAUACGAUGGAAGAACUUAUCAAAAUGGAGAUGUGAUGCAUUUAACGAUGCAUCGACUUAGAACAUUCCAAGUUGUCCACAAGGUGGAUCUAACCGGAACAACUAUUAACGCGUCAUAUCCAGUGGCUGUAUUUUCGGGAAAUAAGUGCAACCGACUGGGAUACCUAGGAACAUGUAGUAAACUUAUCGAGCAGAUCCCUCCUAUAAAUAGGCUUGACAAUUCCUUUAUUGUUUCUCCAACUGUCGAAAGAUUAGGGUUACAAAUCCGCAUGGUUUCCCCAUUCAACAAUAACAUUAGAUACCGAGUAGGAAAAAUUUCAACGACUACAACAGUUGAGGAAAAAGGCUUUCAUGACUUUAUUGUUAAAAGUAAUGAGGUCGGUGUAAUUGAGUCGCAGAACAAGCUUCUUGUUACUAGCUUUUCUAUACCGACUGAUAGCAAUGAAGGUGAUCCUUAUAUGAUAACGAUACCUGGAAUACAUCAAUAUCUGAAUAAUUAUUUAGUUGUAAUCCCUGAAGGCUUUGAUAACAAUUACAUUUCUAUUAUGAUUCCAAGUUCAUCUUUUCAAAAUCUUAGAAUAAAUGGUACGAAAGUUAACGAAAUUUACAAAGUUUUUGAUUCGACUGUUGGUCUGCAAGAAAACACCUAUAGUGUUAAUGUGAUGAAAAUUAAACCUGGAGUGUUGGGUAUACGUACUGUAGACAGGGUGCCGUUUGGGCUACUGGUGUAUGGACAUAGAAUGAAUGAUGGUCAUGGGUUUGCUGGAAAUGUGCUCCUUCCUGAUCACUGUCUCUAA